AUCCCGGAGUUUUCAGUCUGAAUUUCCCAAUUUCCUUCUUUGAAUCAUUAAUAUACAGUCUACGAUAACAGUCCUGAGGUUAUAACAGGGUGGAGAGAGGAGGGUCAAGUUCAAAUUGAGAGAUAGACUCGGUUGAGACCGUGAGACGCAGUUGUGGCCGGGUCGAAACUUUCCACGUGGCAGUGACAGUUAAAAAAAAAAGUGUCUGUGCAGUGUUCUGACGAUUCAUCCCCCAGAAAUUCCGGCGGAUUCAACAACUGGCUGAGCUGUGUGAGCUGCGAAACAGCACCACCGGCCACUGCACCGGGCGUGAUCGUGUUCGUGACUUUAUUGCAUUUUGAUAUAGCUGAGGAAACAUUUGUAUACCAUGGAUGAGGGUGAGGUGCACAGCAGAUUGAGAAAUGACUUCUUAUCAAGCAUUGGAGAUCCUCAUUUUAAAGAUGGGUGUAUUUUCUGCAAGAUAGCUCAGGGGAAGGAGCCGAAAGCGAAAAUUCUUUUUCAGAAUGAAGCUGCUUGUGUGUUUCAUGACAUCAGACCAUCUACCAAAGAGCAUCUUCUCAUCAUCCCAAAGUCGCAUCACGGCAAUGUCAAAUCUCUUGAUAAAUGCCAAAUUCCUCUUGUGCAAUACUUAUAUCAAGUUGGAGAGGCAGUCCUGGAGGCACGAGGGGGAAACAUAGCAGAUGCAAGGGUGGGAUUCCAUUGGCCACCAUUCAAUACAAUAGAUCAUCUGCAUCUUCAUGUGGUCUACCCAACAAGUGAAAUGAACCUGCUUGGAAAAAUCAUGAAUAGGCCAAACUCCUUCUGGUUUGUAACGUAUGAAUGGGCACUCAACUGGUUACAGAAGAAGAAAGAGACUCCUCAAGAGACUCCACAAGAGAGCCAAACAGAAAUAUCUGAGUUACAAGAAUAGGAGAGCAGACGCCCUUAACCCAAAGAUGAACGGUACUGCCAAAGGUCUGAAUGAAUCACUAUUGGUUCAAGUUGGCAUCAAUUAUAUUGUUGUGUGCAUGAAGGAAAUCAUGAACACAAGAGUACUCCAGAAUUCUUUGGUUCUAAACUGUUCUAUUUUAGAUUGCUUGAGAAAUAAUUGUACAAUUCGUCC